AUGUCAUCUUCUGAAUCUUCUGACCAUGAAAAAUCAUCUAAUGAUCUCGGUACUUCUAGAGUCGCAUCUUCCGAUAUUCAUAAAUCUCCCCAGGGACCGCAACGUGAGCUUUACGCUAAAAGAGUACCGUAUUUCAUAGACUAA